ACGCCUCAGAUCGUCCGCUGGCGUCGUCGAUGUUUGAUCGCGAAAGAAGACGCGCGCGCACGCUUUCCAACCGGGGAUUUUUAUUUGGGCGAGCGUGAUUUUUUUCCUUUCUUGUGUUUUGUAUCAUCUGGUAGAGCCAUCAACAAACAACAGUUGUGAUCUGUGGAGAAUUCCGGUGAAACCCUCCAUAAGAACAGGGAAUGACCCCACGUUCUCCGUUGGGGAUUUAGGGAAAGAAAGGUUAAGCGUUUUCGUUUUUGUUCGGUGGAAUCGUAGAUCGAGAUUGUAAGUGAACUUGAAGUCAUUCCUCACGCGGAUAUCAAUCGAAGGAUUUCCUGAAUCGGAGAAGUGAUUCGUAAGGAGUCUUGCAGUGAUUUGCAUCCUGUUAUGGGAACGCAUUGAAGAUCAAGUGUUGAAGCUAAGCCGACAACGGAUUGUCUGCCGAGGAUAACUACUAACUAGUGACAGGGGUGCAUAUUGAGUUAUCAACUGUGUGUGGGAACGAAAGAGUUAGUGCAAUCCACAAUCGUAAUUAGCCAUUUGAGAGCACCGUUGCGUCUACUAAGCAAAGCAAAGGCGUCUAAUUUUCAACUCGACUCCGUGAGAUCUAAUCUCGGCUUGAGGAAGAAAGUGCAAUUCACCAAAAGGAAGUGCAAAUCUGCUACACACGGGCGAAUUGAAUAAUUGAAGCGUGUAUUACAGCCCAGCUAGCUCAACUGCGGAUUUCGUACGAUGCGACAUGAAUAGUGUAGUACUACUACUGGCAGCCACCAACAAAGAUCGUAAAUUUUGCAAUCUGUUAGUUUUAAUUGCCAUUCGACAAAGUGAUCAACACCGGCGGAAUGUUGGAUACUGGCAGGAAAAAGAGAAAUGGUACCAUGUCGGUAUGGAGUACUAGUACCGCCGGAAUCGAUACCGUGCUCGCGACCACCCUCGGAACCGCGUUAAACCCGAAAAACUUCUCGGUAAGCCAUCUCCCGACGGCAGCAGCCGCCGCGACAGCAUCGGCCACUUCCGGUGUAACAGUGGUAAGUCAAAUUCCGAACGGAACCAGUGCAAACCACCAACAGCAGCAGCAGCAUCUGUUCCAUCACAACCAUCAUCAUCAUCAGUUCGCCGUGAGUGCCAACACCAACGGAGGAACCGGAGCAGGAGGGUUGAAUCACGGUAGCAGCCAUCAGCAUCUGCCCGGUGCCGGUGGACAAUUCAACAGCAGCCACAGCACCAGUAGCAAUAGUAAUCACAGCCAUUCCCCACCGAUUCACGGGUCCGUGUACAAUUCGGCCGCGUGGAACCGAACCAGUAUUUGCAGUACGCACAACAAGCGACGAUCAGGCCUAAGCACAAUGUCACAAUCCGGUGACGAAUACAACUCCCCAAAUUACCUAUCCUGGCGGAAGCUGCAGCUGAGUCGGGCCAAACUGAAAGCCUCCAGCAAAACUUCGGCCCUGUUAUCCGGAUUUGCAAUGGUCGCAAUGGUCGAAGUGCAGCUGGAUGAAAAAACGAAUGUUCCACCGAGCAUGCUGAUCGCGUUUGCCGUUUGCACCACGCUGCUAGUAGCCGUACACAUGCUAGCGCUCAUGAUCAGUACUUGCAUCCUACCGAACAUCGAAACGGUCUGCAACCUGCACAGCAUAUCGUUGGUCAACGAAUCGCCCCACGAGCGACUGCACUGGUAUAUCGAAACGGCCUGGGCCUUUUCCACACUAUUAGGACUAAUCCUGUUCCUGCUGGAAAUCGCCAUCCUGUGUUGGGUCAAGUUCUACGAUCUGAACACCACCGCAGCCUGGUCGGCCUGCAUCGUGCUGAUUCCAGUCCUGGUCAUUUUCGUAGCCUUCGCGCUGCAUUUCUAUCGUUCACUCAUGACCCACAAGUACGAGGUCACCGUUUCCGGUAUCCGGGAGCUGGAGAUGCUCAAGGAACAGAUCGAGCAGGACCAUCUGGAUCACCACCAUCACCACGGGCCGCCCUAUCAGUCGGUGCAGAUCGUCUGAUUGACUGCACUCGGACUCGAACCCCAAGGACGUACGUACGGGUGAAUCUGUGAUCAUGUGAUUCUUCUCACUUGUUUAGCUAAUUAUUGUGAAUAUCUUGUUUUUAUUUUUUUUGUAUUUGACUAUCAUCCAAACAUUUAUUUCCUAACAACUACUCCAUCUAACACAGUCGCAAACUACCUACUAGCUGUAAGGCAAAACGUUAUGUUACAAAUUACAAAAUGCAACAGUUGCAUCUCAUUUGACAGAAACUUGAAUUCGUACACGUGAACAUGCGCUUAUUUGUAAAAAAAAAAAUGAACGAAAGACAUACAAUAUGGUAGUUAGUUUAUUACAAUUUAAUUUUUAUUAGUUAAUUGAGCGAUAGGGCUACCGCACUAGGGCUGCACUGGCAGUGUCAAUCUGUUCGAACAAACGACCAUUUAUUUGAAAAAAAAACGACGUGCUAGCCCGGUGGGUGAUAUCCUGCGCUUAUAAGAAUUUCAAAUUAGUUAUAUGUCGCGGAUAAAGUCGCGGUAAUCGAGAGAACGAAUUGAAUGCAUCGAUAUUGUUACAAUAAAGGGGAACACGUUUUCCUUCUUUAGAUUGCUCCAUCAAAUCCACUAGCGGAUUCCACCGUAAAUCGGAAUAGGAAAUAAAAAUAUAACAUUUAUUAUAAA